AUGGGAAGUGAUCGAGAUGUGUCUGGNAAAGGCCGAACUUUCAGUAUCGAGGACUGGAAAGACAAGUGCAAGUUUUUGGCCGACUUGGUGGAGGAGAACGGCAUCAAGCCCAUCAUGGCCAAAAUCGGGGACGCCGUUCGGCGGAAGGAAGUGAUCGAGAUGUGUCUGGACGUGCUUCACGACGGCGGGGGGGCUACCAUCGGGAAGCGCGAUGACGAGAGGCACCUGUAUCCCGACAAGUACGAGGAACAGAUCGACGAAGUGGUCGGCGUUUUGGCGAAGGCGGGGCGCGAUGACGAGAGGCACCUGUAUCCCGAGAAGUACGAGGAACAGAUCGACGAGGUGGUCGGCGUUUUGGCGAAGGCGAGGGUUUCCACCGAAGACCUGGAGCGGUUCAGCUGCGCCCUCCACAUCCUCGACUCGCUCACGUCAGCUUGCCUUCGGCCUCAAGAUUCGCUAGGGUGUCUGGCGUGCAAGGCGUACGUGAAGAAUGGCCGAUUGGUGAUUGUCCUCACACCGGUCGGAAAAAACUCCAGGACCCUGGUCAAUAGCGUAAUUGGGAUGGUGGUGAACCACGCAAAGGAUGAGCGGACGACAGGUCCGUUUGCGGUGAUGCUCGUGAUCGGGCGACGGUUGAUGACAAUGCACCUCCAAGAAAACUACAAAGCGGCGUGUGCCGAACAACAGCUGGCGCGUGAGCAACAGAGAGAUGCAGAGGGCCGACUCUCGAAGGCGAUAGAUUCAGAUGAGUUCAGCGAAGACGACGCACGUAGAGACCUUGCUGCCGCGAGCGACUCUCUCAACAGAGCCGAUAAAGAGGUUCAACAUUACGCACCCAGAGAUUCAGAGAAGGCUGACCAGGAGGAUAAUGUGAGAAAUCGCCGUCGUAGGCAAGCGAGGGUUUUACAGUUUGCCGAGCUUGGUGACAAGGCAGCUCCGUUCACCAAGUACGGAAAAAACUACAACGACGGUCAGCUGCGCAGCAUGUAUCUCCACGUGGGGAAGUAUGCUUUGGGCUUACCCGCGUUCGGGCCGAAUAUCCUCCGUACGAUCCAUGUCACGACCGUUAUGACGGUCUGUUAUACGCUGGGAAUCCCUCAGUCGGAUGACAGGGUGUUAAACCACUUUGCGCUGGCUAGGCACGGGGAGUACGAGAUGAGAAAAGCGUACAACUUGGCAAAAAGUGACAACGUGAAUGAUGAUCCCAGUUCCUUCAGUAGGCAGAUAUCUGGUAUCAUUAGUGCGCAGGAGCUGAACAACCGUUCAUGUUUGAGCGACAAGGAUGCGAUACGUGACCAGCAGCACGACGCUCUGAACACGUGGAUUGGUGAUUCUUUGUUCGACGGGAACAAACCCGAGCCGACUGACGGUGUUGUAGAAAAGCUGAUGCACGAGGCCAGUCAGCCCCCAAGAAAGCGGAUGAAGAGGGGUACAUUUUCGGUCGACCUUAUGCCUCUCUUGCUGCGGAUGAAGUUGGUUCCGGGCAAGUCAUAUCCGCGACGCACAUUGGAGAACUGCAUGUACCAUGUUUCUACGUUUGGCGGAUUGUGUAAGGAUCAGGUCAGAGAGUACAUGGUGGCGCACGUUGGGGAGGACGAUUCCAGUCGUAGCGAUGUGCUUCAAUUCUACGAACUGUUUCCCAUAAGAAAGAAAGAGAAAAUGGUCAGGGAUAUUGUUGGGAGGCAGAAGCAGGAGGGGAGAAGCGAGUGGUCCUAUUGGUUUUGCAAGGGUUGCAAGAAAGUAGAGUGCGUGUGCGACAGCCAGAAUAUGUGAUUGUUUUUCUUAACUGUGGUCGGUGGUUGGCAUGUGCUUUUGACUUGGACACGCGGUGUCAUUGAAUUUAUUUCAUGAUUGCAUUGAACCAUGUUUUGUGACAAGCCGGGACGACGCGGCCCAGUUGUGGCAAUUUUAUUGUGUCGCCUGGAUAUCGCGUUGAGAGAUGAUCAAAAAUGAUUAAGUCAAUUAACUUCCAUCACACACCAGGACGCCGAGGGUUUUUAGAUAUGUCUCUCGGGAACCCAAACGCGACAUGUGGGCCCCGAUCUCUCGGGGAAAAUGUUGUUGCACGUCCCGCGGGACGCACGUAAAAACUGCUGAAAUUAGACACGCUCGAUUUGCCUAGUAUGCCCCUGAGAGUAAGAAAGCUAAAACUACCAGAAACCAUAUUUUUCGUGAAUUUUCCCAACUGUUUGCAAAAACUGUCUUCCGCCUCGCUGAAAGAUCUAGGAAACGAAAUGCCGUAUUUCAUCUCGGCAAGCGUGCGAGCAAGAUUGGCCACCACCCGCCGGUUCCAGUCUGGGACGUGCUUCAUCCGUCCCCUCUCCUUUCACGUGAAAUAUUUUGCCAAGGAAGCGCAAGAGGCAAACCUCCAACUCCGUGUAAGCUUUCCUUUGCUAGACCUCCCAAAAUCAAUCGGCAUCAGCUUCAGAUGUUUCUUCGACGCGUCGGUGUACACGUACGAAAAAAUCAUUAAAACAACGCCAAAUCCGUACCCCAAGUUCCGCAAGUGUAGAUCGGCAUGUGUCAGUUUGUGCCUUCUGUAAGAAUUCAUUAGAUAAAAAAUGCUGAACGUACGUACGCUGUCCGAGCUGUUCUUUUGACUUUGGGGAUGUAGCCAGUCACCGAUAACGCCAGCAAUCUCCUCCAUCACGAUGAUGUGGACCAAAUGGCCCCGGGGGUGAUACUCUAUGUCGUCAUCAUCGUAUUCGAGGGUAUGGAAUAGUGUAUCCUUGAGGAGUAAAAAAUUAAGAAACCAGGCUGCCGCGGUCGGUGCGCGCAGAGGCGGCGGUGGCCCGGGGCUUCGGCACGGGCGGCACGAGAACAAGUAAUGCCGAUACCCCCAACGGCGCAAACCGUGACCCUGGGUUACACUUCUCCUUGCCACGGCGUUUUAUUGUUUCUUAUUAUGCAUAUACCCGGCAUAGCGGCGACCCCAACCCACCCGCGCUGCACGUCCCGCUGGACACGUGUGGCCCUCGAAUGCUAGUGUGAAACUGAAUAAUGUAAAGCGACGGCGACGACGGGCUCAUUGGUUGAUGUGGUCGCUUCGGCGCGCGUAAGAAGGUCCCGGCUUGAGAACCUAUGUUUCAGGGUCGGAGGCGCGCGCUUAAAACGUAUGCUUGGGCUGUGUUGUGGGUCAGAUGCACGCGGCCGUCAUCUAAGGCGCGCGUAGAGGAGGUCCCGCCCGGCUUGUGACAACGACGACGAUGGCUUCCAAACAUGUACGCGGAAACCUCUGUUUCAAGGUUCUACGCCUGCGCGAAAGGUUGUGGGUCAGAUGCGCGCGGCCGCCGCCAUCUACUGUUUUUCGUACGUCGUCAUCGUGCCAAACUGUCUAAAUGUGUAAGACCACGAACCAGCAGUUCGAAGUCCGCAGCGGGACUCGGUGGUAGGAGAGGUAGGGGAGAUACACGCACGAAACGUGCAGGAAAGAAAUACGAAAGGGGACACGGCAAAAAAACGCACACCGGAGACAAGCAAAAACAACAAAACAAGCACGCCAUGCUAGCCCAGUCCUUCGCCAAGGGUGGUUCAUACAGAAGUGCAAAAACAACAAAACAACAAGACAAGCACGCCAUGCUAGCCCAGUCCUUCGCCAAGGGUGGUCCCGGAACCUCCACAGAGAGCACAAAACAAUAAAACAAGCGCUUUCAUGCGGAUGAUGGAGAAAAUCACCACCACUACAGACGGAGAGCUUUUCAAAGUACAUAAAUCAACUCUUGUCACUUGUUCUUCCCAACCUAGUCUCAACAGAACGAGGGAACGGACUCAGCCUUGAAUAUCGACAAACAGGACCUUGCCUGAGUGUCUCGCGCCACCAGAGCAGCACCACAACCGUUCGCCAAGUACCCUUUUCUCUCGGAAAAAGAUGUCCCUCUUAUAGAAGCAAAACACAGGAGUCGAAUGUUGCGCUUUGAAAAGCUAAAAGCUAAUAGAAAUGGGGCUAUUCG